AGUAGUCGAGUGAGCUUGCGAACAAAAUCCAACGCUGUAACUACAUAUACCGUGGAAAAUGGCUACCUUUGCAAUUGGUGAAAUACCCAACUACUUCAAUACAGAGUUUUUCAAGAGAACACUAGAGAAUGGACUACGCACGGGGGACAUCAAAAUACUUGGCAUUUCCAUUGAGAAUCUAACAAUGGGGGGCGAAAAUUACUGCAGUAAUAUUUAUCGCGCGAUCAUCAAAUACAAAAACACCGACGAUCAGCAAAGCGAGCAAACGGUGAUAAUCAAAAAUAUGCCAAAACUUAAGCAAGGCGUACUUAGCCGCUUGAACAUCUACCGGAAAGAGACAAUUUUCUAUUUGGACAUCAAGCCCAAAGUGGAGGCGCUUAUGUGGUAUUUGGGCGAAUCGUGGAACCUGGCCGCAAGGCACUUCCAUUCAACCACCGAACCGGAGCAGAACAUCAUUUUUGAGGAUCUGAGUGUGCUAGGUUUCUCGUUAGAGAGUAGGCAAGCUGGACUUGAUUUGGCGCAUGCGCAAAUUGUUAUGGAAAAAUUGGGAGAAUAUCAUGCGCUUACCAUAGCCAUGGCGGAUAGG